AAGUACCGAUGGCGGCUCACAGUUUGCUCCCGGACAUGCACUAAAACGAAUUUGAUGGCGUCCGAUUGGACUUUUUGCACACUUGGCCGAUUGACUGAGGUCUUGAGAUUAACAUAGAAACCGUCGAGCACAAGGGUCGUCAAUCCGAGGAGGGAUCGUUUGUUGCAGAGCUCGUCAGAUCCACAGCUAGCAGCCUUGCCAGUGAAAUACAAGUACAGCUAGCCUGUGAUCGCAGAGGUUUGUUUGUGUGCGUGGCUGCACACUUUUGACACCUUUGACAUUUUUGCAGUUUUGUGACACUGGCUGGUCCAAGUGCAACAGAGCCUUUGCUUGUCUGUAGUUUCCCCAGCGGCGUUUGCUUUACUUUACAAACAGAGAAGCGGCGGGAAGUGGUUAGCCGACCCGAUUAGCUAUAGCCGCACACUUCGGCUCUUCUCUUCAUCUCUGCGGAUGGUGAGAGUGUUUUCUAUGAUUGCGCCGAUCAUCGACUGUCAGCAUGUUGAAGACUCGUCAGUGUCUACUGGGGAUUCGCACCUUCCUCGGAGUGACGUCUAGAAUAUGGAGUUUCUUUUUAUACAUCCUCAGGAAGCAUCUACGAACGAUAAUCCAGUACCAAACAGUGCGUUAUGACAUAUUACCUCUCUCCCCCAUUUCCAGAAACAGACUCAAUGCGGUGAAGAGGAAGAUCUUGGUGUUGGAUCUGGAUGAGACUUUGAUUCAUUCUCACCAUGAUGGUGUCCUUAGACCCACAGUAAGGCCGGGAACACCACCAGACUUUAUCCUCAAGGUGGUAAUAGACAAACACCCAGUCAGGUUUUUUGUCCAUAAAAGGCCACAUGUUGAUUUCUUUUUAGAAGUGGUUAGUCAGUGGUAUGAGUUGGUAGUAUUUACAGCUAGCAUGGAGAUAUAUGGAUCAGCCGUAGCAGAUAAGCUGGAUAACAACAGAGGCAUCCUCAAAAGAAGAUACUAUAGACAGCACUGCACUUUGGAUCUAGGGAGCUACAUUAAAGAUCUGUCUGUAGUACACAGUGACCUCUCCAGUAUAGUUAUUUUGGAUAACUCACCAGGAGCUUAUCGAAGUCACCCAGACAAUGCAAUACCUAUAAAGUCUUGGUUCAGUGACCCAAGUGACACGGCACUUCUUAACCUGCUCCCGAUGUUGGACGCAUUGAGGUUUACCUCAGAUGUUCGCUCCGUCCUCAGUCGAAAUCUUCACCAGCACCGGCUCUGGUGAUCCUAUCUGUCAGGACCAGUUUCUCUUCUGGUCACCGUCUUGAUUUUACAUGGCUCUGCCCGCUAGGUGUUAACCUCUCCUGCGCUGGAGUUUCAGCCUCUCGUCAUCAUUUGAGCUCCCAUCAGUCAUAAGGACUCCUCUGAGAAGACAUGGGAGGACAGAAAGGAGAAUAAGAGAAGAAACUAUUACAAAUGAACUCAACGAAUCGAGAGGCAUUUUUCUUGUAUUUCUUUCCAUAAAAAACGGAACCUCUGCCUUACGGUUGUUGGAUUCAACGUGUGCAUGUUGGAGUAUUUCUGAAUUGGGGAGAAUGUGUCUGAUUGCAACUUUACCCUUCAUUUAUCAGGGUAAAUGAAGAAUCAUUUAAUGGUUUAUAACUACCAGUCAGUUUCCACAAAUCAUUAGCACUUCCGCAGUGUCUUUUGUCUUUUAAGUUACGUAUGACCUUAGCACAAAUGGUCGUUUCCACUCAUUCUCUCUUAAAGCUUCUGUCCUUUUCUCUCUCUUUUUUUUUUUUCUUUUUCAGUCGGCCAUCUCAGGUAUCUGGCCUCUUCUCUGUGUCAAGAGCUGAGAGCAGUUAAUACCGUUGUACUAAUAGUAUGCUGUGGUAGAGAUAACUGUAAGGUCAGCAAGAGUGAAAACUACAGUCCAUUAUUACAGCUCAUGGUAUUAAUUUUCUGUGUAUUUUUAAAUGGCUCAUGUGGAGCCUCUGGUUAAAGCUGAGAGGUUUUAUCUUCUAUUUCAAGGACAGAUUUUUUAGAUGCUCUUCGAUGUGGAUACAUCAGCCGCUGUGAAAGAGAGAGAGAGACACUGAGCAACAAGGACUCUGCUAUAACAGAAAUAAAAUGGAGCCUUUUGUCAACAACCGA